UUUUAUGGGGUUAAAAAUGGAGGUGAGAUGUACGCGAGGGAAGUAAACACGGACCUGUUGGAGAAAUGAGACCUGCCGUAUACGUGCUGUACACCUGCGCGCUCGCGCUCCUCCUUACCGGGCUGCGCGAGCUGCUCUUCGGCUUCGAGGAGAACCGUUGCAGCAUGACCUACAUGUUCGAGCAACCUGAGUACCGGCGUAUCCAGCUUCCCCGGCGCGUGGCACGUCAGUACCCAGCUUACGGAUUGUACCUGUAUGGUGAAGGCUUGUAUGCUCAGGAGACGCGGGGGCUUAAGCUUACCGGAGCCCCUGUGCUCUUCUUACCUGGGAAUGCAGGCAGCUAUAAGCAAGCUCGUUCUCUGGGUUCCGUGGCAUUGAGGAAGGCUGAGAAUUUGGAUGGUGGGGUCCAUAUGAACGUCUUUACCAUUGACUUCAACGAGGAGCUGGUGGCUCUGUACGGUGGAAGCCUGCUCCGGCAGACCCGCUUCCUUCACGAGAGCAUCAGGGUCAUCCUGCGUCUUUACAAGAACUGUUUGGACCCUCCCAGUAGUGUGGUGCUGGUUGGCCACUCUAUGGGUGGCGUAGUGGCUCGAGCGCUGUUUACACUGCCCCGUUUCAACCCUCGCCUGGUCAGCCUUAUCCUCACCCAGGCCUCUCCUCACCAUGCCCCCGUGAUCUCUCUGGAUCCAUAUAUACUGGGUGGCGUGUUCACACCUGACAAAAUGGACCAAACUGAAGAAAAAGGUAAAUUGGUCCGCAUCAAGCAUGAAUUUUACUCCUCUGUGAGGCAGCACUGGGCAGCAGGAGCGGAAGACCUGCGAAACGUGACGGUCCUGUCUGUGGGGGGUGGUUACCGUGACUACCAGGUGCGCUCGGGCCUCACUGCCUUGUCCUGCUCUUCGGACGACCGUAACAAGCUUUCUGUUGUGGUCACGGCAGUUCCCAGAACAUGGGUGUCUACGGAUCAUCUGUCCAUUGUGUGGUGUAAGGAGUUAGUGCUGGCCACGGUCCGGGCUUUUUUUGACCUCAUUGAACCUGAAACUCAGCAGUUCACAGAGGAUGUUGAGAAGAGAAUAUCUGUGUUGAGCUACCAUUUCAUCCAUCACCCGGUGCAGCUCCCUGGCGACCAACCCAAAACUCUGGUCAGCUUCACAGGUACUGCUGAGGUGUGGAGUGAGGUGAACACUCUGCGUGUGUUCUACAGUGCCCCCAAGGAAGCUACAGUUAAAUACUUUCUGUUUGCGCUGUCCAGUCGGAGAAAGGCCUACACACAUUUCUACUGCCGCAGCAGCAACAUGGAAAUGUCCAGCUGGCUCUUUGGUUGCACCCAGAUGAAUGGGCUCAUAUGUGUGCAAGCAGUAGAUUUGUCAGGGAGAACAGAACUUCUUCCAGCAUACAAGGUUCUGACUGUGAAGUUAGAUGACCUGUCCACUAUUUCUCAUCUGGUCAUUGACGCUUCAAACCCGAGCGCAAGACAGUUUAUAGUGGAAUGUGAGUGGCAGAGAGAAAAAAGCCUGACCGUACCAGUGCCUGUACCCCAUGUUCUCUCUUUUGGCUUGACAUCAAGUGAUGUCAUGAUCAAAACAUCUGGGCUACUCCAUACAUUACAGCUACAACAUUUUCACCAGGUUUAUCAAGCUUUUAGAAUCACAGUGAUAAGCCACUGCAAGGCCACCAAAGACAGAUUGCCCAACAUCUACAGAACGAAGGUGCCAUGGUUUCGUGAAGACUCCUUUGUCACCGCAGGCAUUCCCUCAGUAACUGAGAUAUCUGGCAUGCUUCAUAUGCCUCGCCAUGAUAACACCUCAAGUGCCCUCUUACAGCUCCACACUGCCCCCAACUGCCAAUACAAGGUAUCUCUGCGAACCUCCUUUCCCAAAGUGCUUGGACAGAUCCUGCGUUUCUGUGGACCAGUGCUGCCUGUUUACGUGGCUGUGGUGCUGCUCCUAGCCUUAAGGAGGCAGCUGUGUUCUGUUCUCCUAACAGGACAUACUGUGGGUAUGAGAGAGGCUGUAGCUAAAGCUCUGCAGCCCCAUAAACUGGAGCUGCCCGUUCUGCUGCUACAUCUGUUACUCAGGCAGAGCUGGUUUCAGGAGGGCUGGUCUACUCUGGGUCUUCCUACAGUAGACGCUCUGCCUCUAACCCCCAUAGAGGACUUAUCCCAGCAUGCAGCAGUGCCAGGUCAGGACUGGUCGCACCUGGUUUCUCUGCUACUUUGCGUGCUGGGGGCAGCAGUUGCAUUCUGGGGUACCACAGUCCUCAGCGUCUCUCUACGCAUGAUGUCCUUCAUCCUGGCUCCACUGCACAGGCCUUCAAUCUCUCGACAUUGCGGUACUCUACAGCUCUCCCUUCAGAUCCUGCUCAUUCUUAGCCUGAUCGUGCUGGGUGGAGUCACCUGUGGAGCCCUGUCUGUAACAGCCAGCUUUCUACUCCACCUUUACAGGGUGCUGAGAUUACACAUGACUGAGAGGUCUCUUAGUCACAUGCUGAACCUGGCACCACAGAAAACGUCUGAGAAUGGCUUCAGCAGCAGUGACGGCCAGAGCAAGCUCAAAGAAUGUAAUGGCUCCUCCCUCCUGUCGGAGUCGCUACUGCAGGAUGUCAGAGAUGACUUGCAGCUGCACCUGAGUCUGUCCACACUUCUCACACUACCCAUGAUGCUCAGCGCGCCCUCCCUUAUUUACUGGAGCCGAAACCUUAGAUAUUCAGUUCAUUUGCAUCCAGACCCCUGGUGGCCACACAUGGUGCCUCUGCUUAUCGCCUCUGUGCUUCUCAUCAACUGCAACACCCUCACGCUGAGCCUCAGUAAACUGAUGCUGGCCCUGACCUCCCGCCUGCUGCUCCCUCUGUGUGUCGCAAUGGUGACCUUUUCUCCUCUCCACCUGUACCGGAUCUUUCACUUCCUCACUGCUGCUUUGACCCUGCUGGCCACUUCUUGUUACCUUUGACCCUCUACUGCGGGUAGUCAUCGCGCCUCUAUAUGUAGUCUCGGCUGAAUUUAUGUUCUCAGCUCAGACCAGACCGAAGCAGCCUUAGCCUGAGCUACCUUCUGCUCUCAGUGGGGUUCACAAUGAUUUCGUGGUCUUCAGUCAUGCCGUUUGCCAUGUGACCUCGUGGGUAGCUGCUGAACAGGGUAUUUGAGUUCCAUUUUGGCAUCUUUUUAAAAAUAUUUUGGUAGGGGUGUAAAUCUCCAACCUUACAGUGAUUGGAUUCAAUUAUGAUUCUGUAGGAAUGCAUCAUCUUAAAUUUCACCCUGAUCAGACUGAAUCCUUGAAUAAUUAAAAUUAUUUAACAACCAAAAUACACUGAAUAAACAGUGAAACAUAGACAGUAAUAAUGAUACACCAAAGCAGGAUUUUACAUUUCAAAGUUAAAAAAGAAAUGAGCACAUAGAGUUUGCAGCAACAAAACACAAAAUUACUGAUUUUGUUGAUUUUCUGAAUAAAAAAAGGUUAACACACCCUAAGUGGAACAUAUUUUAGUGCACAAAUUCUUUUCAUUUGCUGAGUUUAACAUAUUGGGCACAAAAAAACAUACAAUAUAAAAUGUGCCAUAACGUUUGCACAGGUCAAAGUUUAUAUUUUAUUUUUCCCAAUAUGUAAAAUUUAGCAAAUAAACAGUAAUUGUGUAAAAAAACAUGCAUGCAAGUAAGUUCUCUGAAGAGGCUGUGCUAACUUAUUUUCACUUAGUAAAUCAGCAACAUGGAAAUCGCAUACUUUUGCUUACAACUAUAAUAUGAUAAUUAUAAUUGAUUCUAACAUUUCCAAGGUUAAUGCAGUUGCCACUUUAAGAUGCAUUUUACACCCCUAAUUACCGCAUUCUCUUUUUACAGUUUGUGUGACUUCAUUUUUUGGUUGUGUCUCUUUUGUUUUAUGCCUAUAAAGACACAGUGACAGCAGUUAGCUCUUAGUCUGACCUGCUUUGUAUUCAUUUGGGCAUGUGUAGUUGUGUGUGAUGGUACAGGCAGGUGUAUUUUCAGUGUCAGUGUUGGCUGUUUGUGCAUCUGUGCCUGUGAAUUUCCCUUUUUGCAACCUGUCGACCCCAUAUUACCUUUAAAUUCAUUAAUUUCUAGUGUGCAUGUGUUUUGUAUUUUGUUUAGGUGCCUGGUCGCAUCCUGUCUCAGUGAAGCACAUUCAACCCUUUGGCAGCAAAACAUUAUCUUUCUGUUUGGAUGGUCCAUUGUAGAUGCUUUGCAGAUGCUUAAACUGGCAUUGAAUAAUCUGUUAACAAUACCUUGACCUUUCCUGUACACUGUGCACGUCCUUCGUUCAUUUAUUUAAUCUCCAGUCAGAGUGGCCAGUAAGUGCAGAUCAUUCAGUGUGUGUUUACACAGAAGCCUUAACAACUAAAUGUAUAAGAUGUUUCAGUAUUUAGUGGGUCCAGUCUUUAGCUUUAUUACA